CAGGAUUUGCUGAGGAGCUGUGGACACGAAGGAACACUCAUCACGUCGCCGCCGACAUGUCCGACUCCGACAGCGAUCUCCAGCCGCUCCGAAAGAAGGUGAAGAGUUCGUCGUCGAAGCCCUUGAAGAAGGUCGCGGACUCGGAUGACUCGGACUUUGAUGACGACGUGCCGCUCACGAAGAUCAAGGUAACGAAAAAGAGCGCGAAAGCACCGACGGACAAGAAACCGACGUCUGGAAAUGCGGUGAAGAAAGAGUCGCCAGUGAAGAAAGCGUCUUCAAAGAAAGUGUCUGCAAAAGAUGCGAAGAAGGCGGGCAAGAAGAAACUCGCUGCGUCGGCGAAAGUUAAGGUGGAAGGUGGCAAUGUGCGCAAACUCAAAGUCCAGAACAAAUCGGAGCGACUGGACAUGGCGAUCAAGGCGUAUCGGUGGUGGAACGCAGAGGAACUCCCAGAAGGAAUUCAGUGGAGGAGUUUGGAGCACAACGGCGUGCUGUUCCCCCCGUCCUACGAACCACACGGGAUCCCGCUCAUCUACGACGGUGUCCCUGUGACGCUUACCCCUGAACAAGAGGAAAUCGCAUCAUUUUUCGCAGCGAUGCCCGCGGAUGGUCCGCAGCUCGGCAAUCCCAAGACCGCCGCCAUGUUCACGAAGAACUUCUUUGCUGACUUUAGGGCGUCGCUGGGCAAGAACCACGUGAUCAAGGAUAUCAAAAAGUGCAACUUUGAACGUAUCCAAGCGCAUUUGAAUGAGAUCCGUGAUGCGAAGAAAGAGCGCACGAAGGAGGAGAAGGCGCCUGAAAAGGCCAAGAAGGACGAAGAGCUGUACCGCCACGGGUUUGCAAUUGUUGACGGCCAUUUGGAAAAGGUGGGCAACUUCAGAAUAGAACCUCCCGGGCUCUUUCGAGGACGAGGCGAACACCCGAAGACGGGGACGUUGAAGAAGGCGGUGAUGCCGGAGGAAGUCACGAUCAACGUCGGGAUGGAGGACCGCGUGCCUCCGUGCCUGACCCCUGGCCACGCGUGGAAGGAAGUGAUCCAUCGGGACACAGUGUCGUGGCUCGCGUACUGGAACGAAAACGUGAUGGGCGGGAUUAAGUACGUGUGGCUGGCGGCGUCAUCGAGUUUCAAGGGCAAGUCGGACAUGGAAAAAUAUGAGAAGGCGCGCCGGCUGAAAAAGUGCAUUGCCAAGAUCCGUAAAGAUUACACGGAGGGACUCAAGGCCAAGGACAUGUUUACGCGCCAGCGGUCGACUGCGAUGUGGGUGAUUGACGUGCUCGCGUUGCGUGUGGGGAACGAAAAGGGUGAAGACGAGGCCGACACUGUUGGGUGCUGCUCUCUCCGAGUCGAACACGCGAACUUCAACAAUACGAAUUGCGAGCUCACACUGUCCUUCCUUGGCAAGGAUUCAAUGCCGUAUAACAACACGAUUCAGUUGGCAAUGUAUGGCACGGUGGGCGAGCAAGUGUACAACAACUUGAAGAGCUUCUGCGCCAAGAAAGAGCCCCAUCAAGACAUUUUUAAUGAGCUGAGUGUCACAGAGCUCAACAAACACUUGAGUUCACUCAUGCCGGGCUUGUCGGCCAAGGUUUUUCGUACGUUCAACGCAUCCGUCACACUCGAGAAGGAGCUGCCAAAGGUGCUGGAAGGCGACGACGUGGCUGUCAAGGUCGUUGCUUACAACGAUGCGAAUCGAAAGGUCGCCAUCCUUUGCAACCAUCAACGGACGGUGCCCAAGGGUUUCGGGUCGACGGUGGACAAAAUGAGCGCGAACCUAGCGCAGUUGAAGGAUCAACUCAAGGAACUGGAAGAAAUGCGCAUCGCGGUCAAGAAAAACAAGCCCAAGUCGAUUCAACUGCGCCAGGAUGACGAUGGCGACGAUGCCGAUGAAAAGAAGGCGCAGUUGCAUCGGUUUGUCAAAGUCCCGACCGUCGAGCAAGUGGACAAGAAGAUUGAAAGCUGGAGCAAAAAGGUCAAGGCGCUGGAUUUGCGCCUCAAGGAUAAGAAUGACAACAAGGAAGUCGCACUUGGCACGUCCAAAAUCAAUUACAUGGACCCGCGGAUCACUGUCGCAUGGGCGAAGAGAAACGAAGUCCCGAUUUCGGCCGUGUUUCCCAAAGCCCUCCGUGAAAAGUUUGUCUGGUCCAUGGAUGUCGACCCGAACUGGGCGUUUUAGCCAUGUGUGUGCGUGCCCUAGCCACCCGUCGUCGUGUGGCGAGCCACCAGCCAUACUUUUCAAAUUACUCUACAAAUCAAACCAACCUUGCCACCACGACCGUCCGUUCAACUUGUGGCUAUUCCCGCCACACGUUUGUCUCUAUUGCGACGCUCGGGACAUCAUGUCCAGAAGAAUCCGCGUCGUCUGGCAAAGGAAUGGUAUUGCAUCUACCGACACAUGACAGAUGCGCAUGAUACACUCUGAUUGCGGCAGCCGCAACUGCUGGCUAUGGUUGCAUGUAAGGCACGCCAGGUUGAUCUAGAGAAGCACUCCAUUGCGUUUUGGAUGGAGCAUCUCGUGCCGCCAUGCAGCCGCGGUCGACAGAUUUGGCUUAAAUACAGUUGUGUCUCGUGGGCUCGAUCCAUUUCGACCGUCCGCCUCAAUACACUGUCGACUGGGCACUGAUCAGCGCAACAAGGAUCGCUUGCAUGGACGGGCGCUUGGCUGGGUCUUCCUGGAAGCACGCGGUGAUGAGAGCUGCACAUUCUGGUGGAAUUGCCGUGGAAGAGACAUCGAGGCGGUGGCCUUCCAGGACGCGAGCGGCUGCUUCGUGGGGCGGGAUCGCGCCAAAUGGUUUCUGCUCGACCAAUGUCUCCCACAUGAGCACACCAAACGAGUACGCGUCCGACUUGGUCGAGAACCCGUAUGGCGGUUGAAGCGACUCAGGGGCCAUGUACUUGAGCGGGCCA